CGCCGCUCCAGGUCGGCUUUUCCCGGCAGCCCUAGUGUGCCUUCCAAACUCCAGGGCCCCGGGCUCCGGUUGGGAGCUGCCUCCUCCUCCCGCCCGCUGCCCGCCACCUUCUGGAAGUCGGGAGCGCCCCGGCUGUCGCCUGAGGAGUGCACUCUGGGACCUCGAGCUGCACAGCUUGCGAGGGGGAGGCGGCCCAGCCGGCGGCGAUGAAGCCGUCCUGGCUGCAGUGUCGCAAAGUCACCGGCGCCGGGGGACUCGGGGGAUCCCUGCCUGGGUCCUCUCCGGCCCGGGGAGCCGGCCUGGCCCGCAGGGCGUACGUGGCCCCCGGCCCGCGGGGCGCUCUCGGGGCCCGGGGCUGCCGAGCGCUGUCGUCGGUCGGUGGUGGCGGCGGCGAGUACAAGACCCACUUCGCGGCCUCGGUGGCCGACCCCGAGCGGUUCUGGGGCAAAGCAGCCGAGCAGAUCAGCUGGUACAAGCCCUGGACCAAAACGCUGGAGAACAGAUACCCGCCUUCCACGAGUUGGUUUGUGGAAGGAAUGCUUAACAUUUGUUACAAUGCCAUCGAUCGUCAUAUUGAAAAUGGUCAAGGAGAUAAGAUUGCUAUCAUCUACGACAGUCCUGUUACAAACACUAAAGCAACUAUUACCUACAAAGAGGUUCUGGAGCAGGUCUCUAAGCUGGCAGGUGUUUUGGUCAAGCAUGGUGUCAAGAAAGGUGACACCGUGGUUAUCUACAUGCCCAUGAUCCCGCAAGCGAUGUAUACCAUGUUGGCAUGUGCAAGGAUAGGAGCCAUCCACAGUCUCAUAUUUGGGGGAUUUGCAUCCAAAGAACUAAGCAGUCGUAUUGAUCAUGCAAAGCCCAAGGUGGUUGUUACAGCAUCAUUUGGGAUUGAACCUGGAAGAAGAGUAGAAUACAUUCCCCUUCUAGAAGAAGCACUGAGACUGGGACAACACAAACCAGAUAACGUGCUCAUUUAUAAUCGUCCAAAUAUGGAGGCAGUUCCUUUGGCUCCAGGUCGUGACCUCGAUUGGCAUGAAGAGAUGGCCAAAGCACAGUCACAUGACUGUGUUCCUGUUCUUUCAGAGCACCCGCUGUAUAUUCUUUACACAUCUGGAACAACGGGGCUGCCCAAGGGUGUUGUUAGACCCACUGGGGGAUAUGCUGUGAUGCUAAACUGGACAAUGUCUUCUAUCUAUGGACUUAAACCUGGAGAGGUGUGGUGGGCAGCCUCUGACUUAGGCUGGGUUGUUGGCCAUUCCUAUAUCUGUUAUGGACCUCUUCUGCAUGGGAACACGACAGUCCUAUAUGAGGGGAAGCCUGUGGGAACACCAGAUGCUGGUGCUUAUUUCCGCGUGCUCGCGGAGCAUGGAGUAGCUGCCUUGUUUACAGCGCCGACUGCAAUUAGAGCCAUCCGUCAACAGGACCCUGGGGCAGCCUUGGGGAAGCAGUACUCUCUGACAAGGUUCAAAACAUUAUUUGUGGCUGGAGAACGAUGUGAUGUGGAGACCCUGGAAUGGUCCAAAAAGGUCUUCAGAGUACCUGUCUUAGACCACUGGUGGCAAACUGAGACUGGAUCCCCAAUUACGGCAUCAUGCAUUGGAUUAGGUAAUUCUAAAACACCUCCUCCAGGACAAGCAGGAAAAAGUGUUCCAGGAUACAAUGUUAUGAUUUUGGAUGACAACAUGCAAAAACUGAAGGCUCGAUGUUUAGGAAAUAUUGUGGUAAAGUUGCCAUUACCACCUGGGGCUUUUUCAGGACUCUGGAAGAAUCAGGAAGCAUUCAAGCAUUUAUACUUUGAAAAAUUUCCUGGAUACUAUGACACCAUGGAUGCUGGUUACAUGGAUGAAGAAGGCUAUUUAUAUGUUAUGUCUCGAGUUGAUGAUGUGAUAAAUGUUGCAGGUCACAGGAUUUCUGCAGGUGCUAUUGAAGAGUCAGUCCUUUCCCAUGGUACUGUGGCCGACUGUGCUGUUGUCGGCAAGGAAGAUCCUUUGAAAGGUCACGUGCCCUUAGCGCUCUGUGUGUUGAGAAAAGAUAUAAAUACAACAGAGAAACAAGUUUUGGAAGAGAUUAUAAACCAUGUGAGACAGAGCAUUGGCCCUGUGGCUGCAAUUCGAAAUGUAGUGUUUGUCAAACAGUUACCCAAAACGAGGUCUGGCAAAAUUCCUCGGUCGGCUCUGUCAGCCCUUGUCAACGGCAAGCCCUAUAAGAUAACACCUACAAUCGAAGACCCCAGCAUUUUUGGGCACAUAGAAGAAGUGCUGAAGCAGUCAUCAUGACUUUUUCCCCUAUUUUGAGUCAAUUUGAAUCAAUUUUCUAAUUGGAGUCAAAUUUCUGGAAUUAUUUCCCAUAAAUAAAUAUUUAAAUAGAAAUUACUUGCAAACUGAAA